ACGGCGGAGCUAGGGGCAGAGGUUCUGGAAAAAUGGCGCCUCCGCUCAGCAAUGUCGAGCACCGCGACCAAUAGGAUGUGGAGUUUGUCGUGCGGUUGUACGUCACGGUCUGAGACGCUGAGGCUCCUAGGAGCCGAGGCGGGAUUUGGCCCAGGAGUGCGCGAUGGGAGUAUGUGAUGUUCCUUUCCCUGUGUCACGUUGCUGACCUGAGAGAGGCCUUAAAUAGCUGGCUGAAGUCUGACAAGCGGCAAAGCAAGGGCACUGCUUUGCUCGGUCUCAGGCGGCAGCGGCGGGAGAUGCUCGGCGUGUUCUCCGUCCCUUCCUGUUGACCGACUAACAGCUCUGGUGGAAUUUCACUUCAUCAGGUGACCUUGAGGAACUUCGUGAGCAUUUCAGUAUAUGGAAAGUCUGUCCAUCUUCUGGUUGAUACUAGUAAAGUACAACGGCCAAAAUAUUCUGCAUUAGUCAGCCAGCCAUACACUUAAUGACUCCUGAAAUCUCAUGGACUCCUAAAGAAGCACCAUGGCCUGCGUUGCUGUCUUGGUUCCUGGGUUGGUGGGAGGCUCUCUGGGAGCCAUUUGCAUGCGAGCUGCUUCGUCAAGGCUGACACGCAGUACUUUGCGCCACCUUACCCUAACCAGCACAAUGAAAUCCAAAAGGAAAACUGACCACUUGGAGAGGACUGCAAGUGUUGUCCGACGAGAGGUGGUGGCAGUAGCUAAGGUGUGUGGAACUGCCAGUGAGUCACCAUCAGUGAAGAGCCUCCGCUUGCUUGUUGCUGAUAAAGAUUUUUCCUUUAAAGCUGGCCAGUGGAUUGAUUUCUUCAUCCCAGGAGUCUCUGUGGUUGGUGGGUUUUCAAUGUGUUCCAGCCCCAGGCUGCUAGAACAAGAAAGAAUGAUAGAAUUGGCAGUGAAACACACAAACCACCCUCCUGCUCUCUGGGUUCACAAUGAGUGUACACUUGACUCUGAAGUGGCUGUGAGAGUGGGUGGAGAGUUCUUCUUUGACCCUCAGCCCACAGAUGCCCCCAGAAACCUUGUGUUGAUCGCAGGAGGAGUCGGAAUUAACCCCCUGCUUUCCAUCCUGCGGUACUCAGCAGAUCUUCACCGGGAGUGGGCAAAUAAAAGAAGUGGAUAUGAGAUAGGAACGAUAAAACUAUUCUACAGUGCAAAGAAUACUAGCGAACUCUUAUUUAAGUGUGACCAAAUAUGUUUGACAUUCCAGAAAAAUAUCCUCGAUUUAGUAAGUGAAUUUCCUGAGAAGAUUGCAUGCAGUUUGCAUGUUACAAAACAGACUACACAAAUCAGUGCAGAACUUAGGCCAUACAUCACGGAAGGAAGAAUAACGGAGGAGGAGAUAAAAGAUCAUAUUUCAAAUGAGACUUUAUUCUAUAUUUGUGGCCCACCUCCAAUGACGGACUUCUUCUCCAAGCAACUAGAAAACAGCUGUGUUCCCAAAGAGCACAUUUUCUUUGAGAAGUGGUGGUAGGGUGUGGGCAAAGGCACAAAAGAUGUGAGAUCCACCCAAGAGAGGAAGAGAGAUUUUAUAUCAUUUGUGGCAAGGUGGAUUUACCUCUACCUGAGUUGUUCCAUUUUUUUAAAGUUGUGAUCCAAGUGACUAGCUAAAGGAUAAAAUACAAGCUAGCUAGCAGAGUCAAAAGAUAAACUUUUUGCAGUGACUUCAUUGAUCAAAAUAUUUUUUUACUAUAUGGAUUUUUUCCGUUAGUAACAGUUUGACUCAUGAGGUGCCUUGAAUUGUUCAAUACAGAUUUUCUUUUGCCAUUAGGGAAAAAAGCGAUAUAUAUAUAGUCUGCCAAAAAAAUGUAUACACACUUCAGCAGUUUGCUGUACUCAUAAUGUCUGGAAGGUAAUAGCCACCACUUUGAGUACUCCUUGUAAUUGUACAGGCCAAAGGCAACAUGUAUUAAUCUCAUCAUGUCUCAAUAAAUUUAGUAUUAAAAUAUUUAUGCAAGCUU